AUGGAAACACAGAACUGGAAUCAUAGGAUCGCAAAACUGGCUCUAGCAUUUGCAAUCAUCAGAUCAAAGCCAGAACAAAAAAGUAGCAGAGGGUAUACGGAACACCUGGCAAAACUUGUUUCUACUCAGGAUGUGAACUGGAAGGAGAAGGUGCUUGAACUGGAAGCCAAAGUUCUCCAGCUGCGUCAGCAACUUUUCCUAGCCAAAAUGAAUGCAAAAUGUUUGGGAAAAGAUAGUGAGGAAGAAAAGGGAAGGUCUACUCUUAUAGCAGGUGUGGACCUUACUCCGCCUUCUGCCCAGGUGAUAAAAGAUAUGGUCAUCUUUGAUGAUGAUGGUGACGACGACAAUGACCUGGAUUUAGAUUAUGAGCUCCUCUUUUCACUGUGCAGCACCACCAUCAUCACAACCAUCAUGAAUACAUGUCUGACGAGUACACGGGAACACUCAGAGGAUUUGGGAGCAACAAGGCAGCUGCCGGAAGACAAUUCAGGGUUUGAGAGUUAUAAUGAAAGUAUGAUGGAUAUAUCCACUGUGUGCCAUUGUCCUAAUGAUUCUGAGCAACCUUAUGCAACUCCAUCGUACUUGACAUCUUCAAAUCUUUUCUCAAUCGUGAAACAUUGCCCAGUUAGUGAAAAACAACUCUUUGAACAGAUACAUUUUCUUAAUUAUCUUCUUGCAAUCAGAAAGCUGACAACAACAGGAGGGUUUCUAAGAGAUCUUACAAAACUUGCACAUGAGUGCAGUGUCAUAGCAGAUUCACUUACUGGGCUAUUCAAUGGCUUACUAAGCUUAUAUUAUAAAGCUAUGCCAUCCAUUUGGAUAUUUCAAACAGAAGCAAUUGGAACUGUUACACGAUUUUUCACUGACUCGCAGCUUCCUGAAAAUCUUCUUGAAAAAUGUAUCAAGAAUGUAGAAGAAUUUGAAAAAGCCUUAUGUCAGCAAAUUUUAUCAGACAAUGAAACCAACAGGUUCCAGCUGCAGCAAUCCAUGGGAAAUUGUCUUACUUUACUGGGAAAAUGCCAGACAUUAAGAGGACCACUGAUUAAUCUGCUUCUUGGUAUAAUAAAAAACUGUGUUGAUGAGUUGCUUUUUCAUCAUCAGAAUCAGACCGGAUAUGACAUUGUACAGUACGAAAACAUUUUUUCAUUAUGUCUGGUACUGGAAACUCUUUUGCAGUACAUAAAGGAGGAACAUGAAACAUUAGUUACACAGCUGCUCAAAGAAGACGCCAAACUUUUUAUACAAAGACUUGACCAAACUAUCCUUUAUCUUUCUGAUGAAUUCCCAUUGUUUUCUUUAUAUCUAUGGAGGCUGGGAACAUUAUGUUCAUACAUUACAAAAUGA